AUGGCCACACAAGAGCGUAAACUCCCCUUUGGGAAGAUCGAGCCCAAUUCCAUGAAAUACUUCCUCAGCUGUGGCCUCGGUGGUAUCAUUGACCAAUGCAUGGGAUUGUCAACUCCCAUCGCUCACCUACUUCUUCCAGGACCAACACAUACCGCUGUGACCCCUCUGGAUCUGGUCAAGUGCCGUCGUCAAGUCGACCCCAAGAUCUAUAGCUCCAAUAUCUCUGCAUGGCGCUCCAUCUUUGCCAAAGAAGGCUUGCGCGGUGUCUUCUUCGGAUGGUCGCCCACCUUCAUCGGCUACUCCUUCCAGGGUGCCGGAAAAUACGGUCUCUACGAAUACUUCAAACAUCUCUACGGCGAUACCAUGUUCCCCGAGACCAAUCGCACCCUGGUCUUCCUCGGUGCCUCGGCCUCAGCCGAGUUCUUUGCCGAUAUGGCACUCUGCCCCCUUGAAUCGAUCAAAGUCCGCAUGCAGACCACCUUGCCGCCCUACGCAAAUAACCUUCGCGAGGGUUGGAGUCGAGUUGUGGCCAAGGAGGGCAUUAGCAGCCUCUACAAGGGACUGUACCCAUUGUGGGCACGUCAGAUCCCAUAUACCAUGACCAAGUUCGCCACCUUUGAGGAGACGGUCAAUCAGAUCUAUCGCUAUCUGGGCAAGCCCAAGGAGAGCUAUGGACAGUUGACCCAGACGGGUGUGAGCUUCCUGGGUGGUUACAUUGCGGGGAUCUUUUGCGCCAUCGUCAGCCAUCCCGCUGAUGUCAUGGUUAGCAAGCUGAAUGCCGAUCGCAAGCCGGGCGAGGGUGCCAUGAAAGCUGUCUCGCGCAUCUACGGCAACAUCGGCUUCUCCGGACUGUGGAACGGACUCCCCGUGCGUAUCGUGAUGCUGGGAACCUUGACUGGCUGCCAAUGGUUGAUCUAUGACUCGUUCAAGGUCUUCCUCGGCCUUCCCACCACCGGUGGACACUAA